AUGGCAUCCAGUCCGAUUCCCGACAUCAACCACCGUUCAAGAGGCAUAAUGAAAACGUUCUGCUUAGUUUUCCUGCUGGUAGCAGUGGCUGCUGCCAGCGAAAAGAAGUCAGAGCAGAAGGCUGAGCCUUUGGAGAAGAAGUUGGACAAACGUGGUCUCCUCAACCUUGGCUAUGGAUACGGCAUCAACGGUCUGGACCUUGGAUACAUUGGCAACGCCGGAGCAGUAGGCGGAGCUUACAAUGUCAUCGAUAACGGAUACCUCGGUGCCAGCAGCUACGGCUCAAUCCCUCUUGGAGAACGCACCGACGUCACCAGGACAGUCACCCUCGUUAAGGGAGUCCCAGUCGCCGUCCCCGUCGAGAGACACGUACCCUACCCCGUGGAGAGGCCCGUACCUUACCCCGUCAAGGUCCCUGUACCCCAACCCUACGAGGUCGUCAAACACGUGCCAGUGACCGUCCGGGAAUACGUCAAGGUCCCCGUCCAUGUACCAGCCCCAUACCCAGUUGAAAGGAAAGUACCAGUCCCCGUCCACGUACCCGUCGACAGGCCUUACCCCGUACACGUACCAGUACCCCAACCCUACCCAGUUGAGAAGCACGUCCCUUACCCAGUUAAGGUCCCCGUGCCACAACCCUACCCCGUGGAGAGACACGUGCCAUACCCCGUAGAAGUUAAAGUACCAGUUCCCCAGCCCUACCCCGUCGUGAAACACAUCGGUGUCCCCGUCAAGGUCCCAGUCGACAGGCCCGUCCCAGUGCAAGUACCCGCUCCUUACCCAGUUGAGAAACCAGUGCCAUACCCCGUGCACGUCGAGAGGCCCGUUGCUGUCCCAGUGUCCGUCCCAGUCGACAGGCCCUACGCCGUCCCAGUUGAGAAGCCCGUCGCUGUCCCCGUGAAGGUGCCAGUGCCAGAGCCAUACCCCGUCUACAAGACUGUCCCAUACGCGGUCGAGAGGCCCGUCGCUGUCCCCAUCAACGUUCCCGUCGACAGGCCCGUCCCUGUUGCGGUCGACAGGCCCUACGCCGUCCCCGUUGAGAAGGCCGUCCCCGUCCCAGUCAAGGUCCCAGUCGUCGUAGGACAACAGCCGUUGAGCCUUGGUUAUAGCCAAUACAGCCUUGGAGGCAACUACUACAGCCAUUAGAUUAUAAUAGAAUAGUUACGUCCGAGUGUUCUUCGUCAAUCAGAGUAACCUUCAAAUCUCGCCAAAUCUCAAGGCCGGGACGCAAGCAACAUAACUUUUUCUAUAUUUAUAUAAAAAUUUCAUGUCAUACAUGUAUAUAAGUACAUGAAUGUACGUUGUGAUACGAGUAAAAAAAGGUUACCAAUUCCUUAGGCUAAGUCGACUGUAAAAUACUAAAGACAUGAAAAUAAAAUAAAAAUCAAA